GUGAGGAAAAGCACGACGCGACAGAGAGAGUGGGAGAGGAUGGUCCAAUUCCGGCGUUCCGCUCGCUGUUGUGAGAACACUGAGAACUGAGAAUGAGCUGGAGACGCCGGAAUCAGUUGGUAGCGGCGCGUCCUAGGCGCGAGUCGCUGAGAAUGAAUUGGAUUAAGUACGGAUCCGUAAUGAUGGAGGCUACAUCGUCGGUCUUGAUGUCGUCUCUCAUACGUGUACUCGCUGUGUCUUUCGUGCUCUUGUGGCCGGUAUUAAGUGAGGAGACCAGCCUGACCGGCCGUAUGCGGGCAAUCAGCGAGGAUCUAGACAGGCAACUUAAUGAGAUAAUGGCCUCGCAAGCGCUCAGCUAUUCGACGGUGAAUACCGUUGGGUUGCCUUACAACGCUACCACUAAGUUUAAUCCUAAAGGCAUGGGCCAGCUGUACAAUGUGACGAAUAUAUUCAUCGAUCUGGUGCAGAGCAAGCAGGCGUAUCCGGAGGGUAUGAUCACUCUGGUCGACGGCGCUCCGGCUUUCGUAGAUCCUCUCAAGGAAUGGAAGAUAAUAGUAACACAUUACGGAGGAUUGGCCGGUCUCGCUCUGAUUGGACUUAUCCUGGCAGCUAUUCUCCCCUGUGCCGGUCUCUUUUUCUGUUGUUGCAGAUGUGCGGGACAUUGCGGUGCCCGAAGUCAACCCUUCGAUAAAAAGCACGAUCACUGCAGGAAAAUUAUGCUCAGCAUCGUGUUAAUCGUUGUCGCUACUAUUAUUCUAUUCGGCGUGGUGUGUGCCUUUGUGACAAACGAGUACAUGCAGGAGGGAACCAAAGAGCUUCCGUGUAAAGCCAAGACAAGUCUGAAAGACGUCAAGCUCUACUUGACUACCACGAAGCUAGAGAUUGACAAUUUGCUCAAAACCAAUCCCGAGGAACUUGAAGUUACGCUCAACAAUAUCCUGCAGGCCAGUGGAAAAAUCGUUACCGAACAACUGGCAGAAUAUUCUCACGCCGUCUCCCUGACAAAUCUGAAUGACAUCGUUGCUGGCUUAGAAUCGAUCAGAGAGGAUCUGAGGUUGAUGAAUAAAAUAACGCAAGAAUUAAGGAUAAAUGCCAGUCAAUUGGACAUUGUUGUCCGUGGUGUUAAGAAAAAUCUUCUUCACACGCUGGCUGCGUGUACGACUGACAAGUGCCAACGAGUUCUGCACGAUUACAAAGUGAAUCAAAUGUCAGUACAGGUGGACUUCGAUAAGUACAUGGACCGUUACUUUCCAAAGCUUCUAGCAUCUCUGCCAGACGUUACAUUUGCGUUACAUAACAUCACCGUGCUCAUGGAAAGUAAUAUAGUGUCGGAAGUAAGCCAGGGCAGAGAUUCGUUUCUGAAGAUUCAGAAGGAUAUACAGCACGCCGUUAAUCAGACAAUCCCUGUAGUCAGUGCGAGUAUUCGACGAGCCUGUAACUACCUGGCAAGCAUUGCCAAUAAUAUGACUGCCAUGAUCGACAGGAUAAAUGUCGACAUAGAUAAAGUAUAUAUGCAACAUUUAGAAGUUGCUCAGAACAAUAUAAAUCAGUAUUCACCUUAUAGAUACUAUCUUGGUCUUGGUAUAUCCGGUAUUCUUCUGACUGUCUUGAUGUGUUUAACGUGUGGCCUUUUCUGCGGUAUUUGCGGAAAGCGUCCGGAUGGAUACGGAGAUGAUUGCUGUAAUAAAGGAUCAGGGGCACGGUUUCUUAUGAUGGCUGUGUGGAUUAUCUUUCUUUUGACGAGCAUUCUGAUGGUUAUAACUGUUGUUCAUAUGAUAACUGGCGUUAUAGCCCAACGUGGUAUCUGCGAGCCUUUAAAGAAUCCAAAAGACAACAGGAUGUUCGAACUGGUCGAUGAGUUCGUGCAAAUUAAGAGAAUACUUUAUCCGAAAAAUCCUAAUGCGAAUAUUAAUAUGAGUUAUAUUGUAACUAAAUGCCACGAAAAUGAGACGCUUUACAAUGUGCUGAAUCUAAAAAAUGUAUUUAUUGUUGAAAGCCUCCGUGAUUACAAUGGACGUUACGACAUCAAUGAUACUAUCCAACAAUUACGUCGCAAGAUCAGCCUUUCUCCUGGUGUAGUGAUCCUGAAGGAUAGCGCGAGAUCCAAACUGAACGAUCUAGCGCAGAGCGGCCUAAGCGACAUCAAAUUCUAUCAGUACGCCGAGCUACUCGCUGAGAACAUUACGAAUAUUAAUUUGGAACAUCUUGCCAAACAAUUACGAGAGGUUUCCGCUAAAUUACCGGAAGGACAAGAGGAAAUCAGACUCAGUCUUGAGAAGAAUGCACAUGACUUGGAACAUUAUCACAGAGACUUGGUCAUGCCUAUGGCCAUGCUCAGCGAGCAAUUAAGCGCGAACGCGUUAACACUUCAGGAGACCAUUAAAUUCAAUCAUAGUUCAAUGGCUGACGCUAUUCAUGAUUUAGUGGAUGAAGUUACCAAGGCGCAACAAUUCCUAAAUAAGGAUGGACCGGAAUAUGUUCAAUAUCUUGCUACUAAAUUUGGCAAUGCGUUUUUGCAUCAAGUGGACAAAUUUCUCGAGCAUGUCAUUGAAUCUGCAAUUUUCAAGAUUGGAAGAUGUGCUCCCGUGUCGAAUGCUUAUAACGCAACGCUCGUGGCCGGAUGCAAUAGAAUUUUGGAUCCAUUCAACGGUUUUUGGGCAAGCGUUGGUUGGUGCCUAAUUCUAUUCAUACCAACGAUAGUGCUCUGUGUGAAGUUGAGCGCUCUGUACCAAAAGUCAGAUCCAUAUCCGGGGCCUCUUGUCGAAGCUGAAUAUUUGUAUGACGCAUACGCAGACAGGGAUAACAUACCCCUCGCCCAUGUCCACGACAAGAAGCACAUGUCCCACAGACAUAAUCCCGCGGCAUACGUCGAGAGUUAUGACGGACCGGCGAUGGGAUACGGAGAGCGCGAAAGGAUCCCCGAUGCCCACCAGAGCACGUCGCAUCACGACUCACGAUAUUCUGAUCUGGCGUCUAAAAAUUGGGAUUUCCCCAACGGUGGUCCGCCAAGAUAUCAACCAGCUGCCGGGACUCCACCUCCUUUAAGCACUGAAUACGAACGACCACCACCCUAUUACUAUCCUGGGCCUGUGGAUAGAAAUUAGGAAACAAGUGCCGUGGCAUGCACAAAAGCAGCAUUGAACAGUGUGGCGACGCACAGCCUCACGCGCAGCUACAAGCGAACGUUCAAGAAUAGAGAGAAAUCUGGAUGUAAAAGGGAUUACGUAUAAUAUACUUCACGUUUGUUCCUGAGCGUGCCACGGAUUGUGCGAACACCAAGACCAAGUUUAAUAUAAACUAAUUAAAAUAG